UGAGCCGGGGCGGUAUUUCGAGAGGGGGCAUCGCGCGGGCUGCAGCUGCUGCUGGGAAGGGAACGAGUUGUGUGCGAUGGCUUGGCAGAAGAUGCUCUGUUCCUACUGUCUGCUGACGACCGUGUGCCUGACUUGGGUCCUGGCCAAGCCGCCCCCUGACAAGAAGGAUCGUGUCCACCAUGGCCAAGACCUCAGUGACCACCAGCAUGAUGACAGCCAAGAUUUCCACUAUGACCACGAAGCCUUUUUGGGCAAAGAGGAGGCCAAGACGUUUGACCAGCUGACCCCUGAAGAAAGCAAAGAGCGGUUGGGGAAGAUUGUCGAUCGAAUUGACAAGGACAAGGAUGGGUUUGUGACUCAGCCCGAGCUGAAGGACUGGAUCAAGCACACACAGAACCGCUACAUCUAUGACAACGUGAACAAGAACUGGAAGGACUAUGACCAAAAUAGUGAUGGCCAUAUCACCUGGAGCGAGUACAAAAAUACCACUUAUGGUCACUAUGAAGGAGAGGAGUUUGGCGAUCUUGAGGACAAACACUCCUACCGGAAGAUGCUGGCCCGGGAUGAGCGGCGAUUCAAGGCAGCCGACAAGGACGGGGACAUGAGCGUGACGAGAGAGGAGUUCACAGCCUUCCUCCACCCUGAAGAGUUUGACUACAUGAAGCAUAUCGUAGUGACGGAAACGAUUGAGGACAUAGACAAGAACGGGGACGGCUUCGUAGAAGUGGAUGAAUAUCUUGGUGACAUGUACUCUCCUGAAACGGGGGAACCAGAACCUAGCUGGGUGAAGACCGAACGUCAACAAUUCUUGGACUUUCGGGACCUCAACAAAGAUGGAAAAAUGGAUCGGGAGGAGAUUGGUCACUGGAUCCUGCCACCAGAUUACGACCAUGCCGAUGUGGAGUCGAAGCAUCUCCUUGUCCAGUCGGACCUGGAUAAGGAUGGCAGGCUUUCGCGGGAGGAGAUCAUGCAGCUGAUCCAGGAAACUCUUGACAGCGCCAAAGAGUACGAAGAAAUGUUCAAGCAGCAGCAGACCCACCAAGAGCUGUGACCUCAUGACUGUAAACACUCUGAAUUACUAAUAAAACUAUUCCCCACC